AUGGAUUCCAAUAAGAUUCUGAAUGGAAAGUUUACUUUUAAAAAGUUGCCAAAUGGUUCCAUUGACAAGACCAAAGUGAUCUGUGGGUUUUGUGGUUGUGAACUGAGCUAUCAUCGCAGCACGUCCAGUCUGAAAUACCACUUGAUGGCCAAGCACACAGCUGAUGGGAAUUCUCCGCUCCCUGGUCAAAGCCAGGCGACAAUGGAUGUUUUCAGACAGAAGCACAUGGAUACCACAACUAAGAACAAACUUACUGCAGCCAUAGCUAAAUGGGUGGCUACUGCAUGUAGGCCUGUUAAUGUUGUGGAGGACGAGGGUCUAGCUGAUAUCAUUCGCAUCGCAUCAAACGACUGGACCUACGAAUUGCCUUCGAGAGCCACCAUUACAAGCAACGUACAGAAAUUGUACGAAACGGAGAAAGCCAAGGUACAGCAGGCGUUGGACAAUACAAAAGCAGUCGCGCUCACUGGUGAUUACUGGACGUCCGUAAGUAAUCACAACUACCUCGGGGUCACAGCGCAUUACUUUGAUCCACAGUGGAAACUUCGAUCUCAUGCUUUGACUGUUCUAAAGACAGAAGAGAGGCACUUCGCUGAUGCUGUUGCAGAGCACUUUAUGCAAGUAGCUAGAGAGUGGGACAUUGAACAAAAAGUUGUCUCACUGACCACGGAUAGUGCACGCAACAUGAUUGCAGCGGCCAGGCAGCUCCCCUUUGUGCACGUGCCGUGCAUCGCACACAGUGUGCACCGAGCCGUCACGGUUUCUCUAACCAACAGCCCGUUUGACAGCGCAUUGGCAAAAUGCAGAAAGGUCGUGGGACAUUUUAAGCACAGCCCUUCAAACCAAGCGGAGCUCGAGCAACAACAAGUCACACAUAAUAAGAAGAAAGAGUCACUCGCACAGGAAGUGUCAACCAGAUGGAAUAGUACCCUGGAAAUGAUCAAGCGUGUUCAGCGGAAUGCUGAACCACUGAAAGAUGCACUGGCCCUGCACACAACCAACAUCGCCAUGCCAACAGUUACUGAGCUGGAGAAACUGAAGAAGCUCGAGGCUGUGCUGGAGCACUGCAGGUAUGUUUCUGAACUCCUGGGAGGAGAGAAGUUUGUGUCUUGCUCAGUGGUGCUGCCAGCGUUGUGUCAUCUGUCACGAGUGAUGGAGGUUACUGAGGAUGAUCCAGCUUACACGAUCAAGUUCAAGGGAACCUUCGCAGCAGACAUGGAGGGUCGCAAGGAGAAGACCAACAUCACGUGGCUGAGAGUUGCGACAGCACUUGACCCAAGGUUUAAGGAUCUCAAGUGUCUGAGCAAACCUGACAGGGCUGAGGUGUGGGGUACGAUCCGCGCCUUGCUCCAGGAGAUGGUAAGGGAGAGGCCUGCACAGCCGGACAACAAAGUCACGCCUGAGCCUCCUACGAAGAAACCAACACUUAUGCUUACAAACGAGUCUUCGUCUGAUGAAGAGGAGGACAGUAUUGACCAAUGUCUGAGGCGCUACAAGUCAGAGCCUCUUACUGGCAUGGAUGACUGUCCCCAGGAAUGGUGGUCCACACAUGAAGGGGCACACAGUGAAAUGGCCCGCCUUGCACGCAAGUACUUAGCAACACCAGCCACAUCAGUACCUUCUGAAAGGUUGUUUUCACUGUCUGGGCAUGUUGUACAAAAGAAGCGAGCUUACCUGUUGUCUGAAAAUGUCAACAGGCUUGUGUGUUUGAGUAACUGGCUCAAAGCAAAGAAGUAG